GGGUGUAGAUUUACCUAAAGAUGAAAGCUUUGCUUUCGAACUAGUACAGCACCAGCAGGACCGGGACUAAGUACUUGAAUCAACAGUGCCGUCCUGGCAAUUUAUUAAAACCUGGUUGUUACUGUGCUCCUUCGUGGAUCAUUCAUAUUCAUCCUCAUUGAAGCUUUUCCUGAAAAAUGGGAGAUGCAAAAGCAGCACUUUGGUUUCAUCUUCAGUAUCAGCAGCACCCGCAGCGUGUCCCUGUGCAGUAUUUGCUUCAACACCAUAAAGAAGAUUAUCCGAAACAUCACGGCUCCUGGCCAGUUACGCGAACCGCAUUCAACGACGACCCGGUUUGGGAGAUUUACAACCAGAAGGCCAAGAAGAGAUACCUUGACCUGUUGACGAAAGAUAAGGAACGGAUAGAAGCCAGGCUGAGGCUGAAGGAAGAGGAGCUGCAGGCCCAGAUCGACGCCGUGAAGAAUGCACAGGGAACGCAAGAGGACCUUGCGAAGAAGACGGACACCCUAGCCGAGAGCAACGAGCCGGGAGAUCGCGAGAAAGAGGGUGAGCUGCUUGGGAAAGAAAGCAACGCGGUGAAGACCGAAUCAAAAAAGUUGGACAAGGUACACCAGGCCCAACUGGAGGUCAACAAAGUGAACGCGCAGUAUCAAAAAGUCAAGAAGCAGUACGACACUGCGGUGCGUGCGUACGACUACGCACAAAAGUUGGUCGCUAAUGCGAAAGCCGCAACGGGAGAUGCGCAAUGUGUCGACCCGGAUACUUUGGAACGUAUCCGGGACAAUAAAGCCUGCAAAAAGGUACAGCUCACAUGGUACCAGUACAGUGAAGUUUGUUUUUGUUUACGUGGUACGUCGAAGAAACUUUUGUAUAAUAUGAUUUUGUUUUUGCGCUGCAUUGUGACAUUAUGUAAUCGGAAGCAAUGAAUGAUCCUAAAAAUCUUCGACGUGGCGUCGUACGCAUACACUUUACAUGACGUGCUGUUGUAGUUGGGAUGAUGUGACGAAGACAAUGACUGUCCUCGCAUUUUUGGAAUCGCACACGCACCAUCUAACUACAAACAAAACACGAGGUGCAGGAAACGUCGGGGCCUCGAAAAGACUGUCGCUGGAACCAGCUCGGGGACUACUCGUGCACGAUUGAGAAGCCACCCGCUCCGGGUCUCUCGCUGCAGGAGUUUCGCGUGAUCGAAAAGGCCCGCACCUCUCGCAAAUCCGCAGUGAAAUUGACACGGGAACGGAUGCUGCAACAAGAGAGGUUCGACACGGAACACAAAGGAACCGCACGUGACCUGGCGCACACGCUGCACCGCGAGGCCGAGCUUUGGGGUAAGGCCUACCGCCGAUUCAUGGAGGACGUGUUGGCUGUCCAGAACAAGUGGCUUGGGAAGUUCGCCGCCAAGCAGGCGGCGGCGGACACGACGCUGGCGCGCCUCAACAAGGAAAAGACGGAACAUGUCAACCGCCUCUCUUCGACCCUCGCAGACAGCCUCACGGAGUUUCGGCGGAUGCAGGCUGGUAUUGAACGGGCGGAAACCACAGCACUGCAGGCGCACCCCGAGUUUCGCAACCCGCGGGACACUGACAAGGAAAAGUAUUUCCAGGUGAUGAUGACGCCGCAGGAGAAAAAGGCGAUGCAGCAGAUCGAGGAGAGUUACAAGGAGGCGCUCCGGCAGUUGAAGCGUGCAAAGGGCGGGGUGGUGAAGAACCUGCGCGUGCUCCUACACGACAUCGAGGAGAAGUGGGACAACGCGAUGCUUGUCGAGGAAAACAAGCACCCCGAACUCCGGGCCGCGGCCCGCAAACGGAGGUUCAAACCACUGUGCGCAAUCGUGGACCCGGAUACGUGUCCUGCGGGGGCAGACCACCGCGCCGAGCUGGUGAGCCAGGAGGUGCGAUGGCGCUUGGUGGAGCGCCUCCGACACCUUCUGUCCGAGUAUGCGCUGCAGCCCACGUAUCCAACAUACAACAAUGUACACCCAUACCAGAUGAACAUCCUACCAACUUAUGUAUUUGCGCUGCGACUGCGGGAAAAUAAAAGGAAGAUCCUGGCACAAAAAAACUCGUCUAAUGAAUACACCAGAGACAACUAUGGACGAGACACUUCUACUUUGUACUCUUUGUCACGAAUGAUCAUGAUGUAAAAAGAAAGCAGCUGUUAUGCGCAAAGCAAGCCACCUAUUAUUUCGAAUGUCUAUCGCUAUUCGAAGUGCGUGGUCAAGGUGGGGAUUAAACCGGUUAAGGAACAACAUUUUUCACUUUGGUGGACAGACGCACAGCAUCAAACGUUUUUUUGUGAAUAUGCCAAACAACGGCAUGGGUGUAUUUUUCUGAACGAUACCAGGGAGGCGAUGUGGCUUCCGGUGGUACGAGAAUACCGGUUCGUGCGGCAAUGGGCGCGUCUAAACCUGCUGCCGAACUUAUAGUAGUGAACAACUCCCCCUCCCCCUCAAAAUAUUAAUAUUUGAAUAUUUAUUUGGUUACCAAAUAAUGCAUUUUUAUGUCACCAAAUAAUGCAUUUUUGUGUCAUCAAAUCGUGCACAUUUCGACAUCAAAUCGUGCACAUUUCGACAUCAAAUCGUGCACAUUUCGACGCCAAAUGCGCAGCGAUUAUGUUGCGUCUUGUGGCAGCAAAUGCGUUGCAAAAGGUCGCGGAUCCGGAGCGUCUUCGUGUCUUUGACCGGUCGAGUCGAGGCCUGUGAUCUCCGCACAUCUGGCGCGAAAAUCGGGAUCAGGUGUGCCACGAAUUGGACGGAUUGUGGAACGGUUCGGAGAUCAUUGGAUCCACCGACUGCUGGAAUAGUCUCAAUUGGUGCUGAUGAUCUUAUGGACUGAUAUCUAGCUAGUGAAUGUUCCUAAAUAUUGCAGCGCGUAGUUCUACUAGUAUAUUAAUAUAAUGUAGUAGCACAGCAUGUACUAGUUAGUCUAAGUAGAAGGGCACUGCGAAAACCACGCAGCUUAACGUCGUGGCUAGCUGCGGUCGGAGCUGCCGAGCUGCUACGUGGUGGCUGUUGGGGCCUCCACGCUGUGGUCGGGUGGACGCGGUUGUUAGAGGUUGGGGGCCGUCGCCCUCCACGCUCUCCGGGUGGACGACAGGAGCAGCAGCGUGCAGCUCGAUGGAGGUCCACCUCCCGCGCAGGUCGGUAGCUGUUGUUGGCUCGGCUGAUCAUCCUCUAUAAAAAAAAACAGCUGACCACCCUCGCAAGCAAUAGCAUCAUACCAACCACACCCAGCAGGCUCUUGGUGCUUCUGGUGCUGCUACAUUAUAUUAAUAUAAUACUAAACUACGCGCUGCAAUAUCUAGGAUGAACAUUAACUAGCUAGAUAUGCAUAAGAUCAUCAGCAUCGAUUGAGACAACUAUUCCAACAGUCAUUGGCUCCAAUGAUCUCCAAACCGUUCGACAAUCCGUCGAAUUCGUGGCGCAUCUGAUCCCGAUUUUCGCGCCAGAUGUGCGGAGAUCACAGGCUUCGACUCGACCGGUCAAAGCCACGAAGACGUUCCGGAUCCGCGACCUUUUGCGACGCAUUUGGCGUCGAAAUGUGCGCGAUUUGAUCUCGAAAUGUGCACGAUUUGAUGUCGAAAUGUGCACGAUUUGAUGACACAAAGAUGACACAAAAAUGCAUUAUUUGGUGACAUAAAAAUGCAUUAUUUGGCAACCAAAUAAAUAUUCAAAUAUUAAUAUUUGAGGGGGAGGGGGAGUUGUUCACUACUAUAGAACUGGAUGGGCGGGUCCACUGUCCCGCUGGCCCGUCGCCUUUUUCACGACCACGGUCUCUGGGAGUCGCAAAACGAGGACCUUGUCAAGGCGUACUACCGCUACGAAAAAUUCUUUGCCGAAGAGCUGGAGCCGGCAAUGGAGGCGAAAACGAACGCCAUGAUUCUGCAGCGCCGCGUGAAGCGCAGGAUUACAAAAACUGAGCGACAGAUCGAAGAAGGUCGUUGGGUCGCGGCGCAGGCCGACCGCAUGGAGAAAAAAUUGCUGUCCACAGGUCUCGGACGUGGCGCCCCCGCGGUGGCACAAGCAGGAGUGUCUUUUUGCGGUGUGUUGCUAGUCCAGCUCGGAGUCACCGUUGCGGAAUCUGUUGCUUGUAUGUUUCGAGACCCAGAUCAUGAUAAAAGUAAAACAAAAACUACUCUUCCGAAGCACAAUUCGAACAAACGGUUUUUACCACCACACGAACUAAGAAUAAGAUGUCAUAGAAUCGAAAGCACUAGCGCUGGAGCCUUUGUUCAUUUGUGUUUUCUUUAAUUGCACCGGCGUCGAGCUCGAGACAGACCGAAUGCGAAUAUUCGCAAGCGCCGCUGCUACAGGAUAGUACUUAUUACUUAGCUCGUUUAACUUCAAAUGUUGACGACGACCGCGCUCCCACUUAUAAUCAAACUCAGCCCACUUAUAAUCAAAGUAGUACCUACUGUCCCUGUCGCUAGUAGUCCGUCGCACUUGAAGUCAAGAAGACCCAC